CGUGUCUUCCUCACGCCGCCAGCCACUCGCCUCCAUGCCCACAACCACAAGCUCCAGAUCCGUGUCCUCAGCCCCCCCUCCCAUGGCGCAAGCUGUGUAGGGGUUGCACGCCGAGCGCCGCCCUUGUGCUGCCGCCGCCACACCCCAUCUAGCUAGCUUAGGCAGAGAGGAUUGCAGAGUGGUGUAUCACCGAGCAGGGGAAGGGAAGAGAGAUGGAGGCGGCCACAGUGGGCGCCAUACUGAAGGCCUCCCUACCAAGCCUGUUCAAGUUGGUAGGUGACAGAUGCAAGCGUCUGGAGCCUGUUGUUCGAUCCAUUCAAGAAAAGCUUGAGAUUAUGCAAUCAAUUUUCCAAGAUCCUAGCUGGGGAGGCAAUAAAACCAGCGAUUUCAAGAUCACGCAACUCAAAAGGUUGGCGGAAGAGAUCAACGACUGCAUGGCCAGCUUCGAUGCCAAAAUGAUAUCUGUUACACAGUUUGCCAGAAAGAUUUCUGAGCUCAAGGCGAGAAUAGAAUCUUUAUUCGUGGGGCUACAAUCUUUUAGCGCCCUGGCGCCGAUCAAUCCAUGUUCUCCUCCUCCAGUGACGGCUGAUGCAGAAGAGGAUCUUCUUACCUUGGUACAGAACCAAUCGGAGAUGAAGGCCAAGGUUAUCUGCGCCAUUGGCUUCGGUGGCCGAAAUACUCUGCUUGCAAGGCAAGUCUACAACAAUGCUGAAGUCCGCUGGCAGUUCGGUCAGUGGGCGUGGGUUACUGCGGCAGACAAAACCAUGGAUGAUGUUCUGAUGGAGAUACUCGGGCAAUUUGGGAAUGAGCCGCACCGUAGGCCGGGCAUUGGCAUGGGCACGGUCAUCCUCAGCUGGCUUCUUUGCAUCUUCACAUUUUUUCACAGACUGCUUCUCUGGAUUUUCAGUGACCAGAUGCCUGGGCCACCUCCGGCCGCCGCCGACGCUGCAGAGUUUGACAUGGAGCAUCAGCUCAAGUCACGCCUAAGCGAAAAAAGGUAUUUGAUUGUAAUUGAUGACGUGAGGACAGAAGAGGUGUUUAAUAGAAUAUCUGCCUUCUCUUGGACCAACAGAGUGGGUGGCAGAAUUAUCGUGACGACGAACAUCCGGCCAGCAGAGAGACCAUGCAUCUGCGGUGACGACGAAGAUAACAGCACAACUGGCCUGGUUUUUGUUGGAGAGGUGGACACUGGGAUGUUGUAUGGAAGAACCUGCUUCCAACUUUGUGAUGCGGCCUUAGCAAGAAUGCAAGGGUUGCUUGGCUGUAACCACCAGAAGGCUGUUCUUGAAGAGUUCUUGCUAUAUUUCAGCAUGUUCCCGCAUGAUCAUGAUGUCAGAAGGAACCCUCUAAUAAGGCGAUGGCUAGCCGAAGGACUAGUUGUACACGCAAAACAGAAAGUCUCUGAGUAUGUAUACCGUUCUGAUCAGGACAUUGUGGCCGAUCAUUUAGACAUCCUCAUCAACAACAAUAUUAUCAAGUCCGUUAAGAAGAGCAGCAACGGGAAAGUGAAGAGAUGCCAGCCUCCAGGGUUUGUGUUCAACCACAUUUGCGCCAGGGCAGCGACAGAUAAAUUUAGCACCUUGUUGUGUGGCCCGAUUCAGAAUGAGAUCGCUGGAGAAGCAUAUGUUCGCCGGUUUUCCCUCCAUCCUUUCAUGGACACUGCGAAUGGUGGGCUCAAUGUGCCAGAUGCAGUAGACGACCAUCUCCAUACUAUGUUGGUCUUUCCAACUGCAGGUGCCCGAUAUGGAGCUAUCUUGAGUUUUAACAACCGUAGGCUUCUGCGGGUGUUGGAUCUGAAAGAGUGUGCUGAUGUGACUCCAGACCAUCUCUUAAUAAUAUGUGACCUGUUGCUGCUGAAAUAUCUGAGCCUCGGGAGCAGUAUUGACCAUGUUCCGAGGAAAAUAGGGAAGCUGAUACGUUUGGAGACACUGGAGAUGAGGACAACUGAUGUAGUGGUGGUGUACUCAGAAGUGCUCAAGCUGCCCAAAUUGAAACACCUCCUUGGGAAGUUUCGGCCGUCUAGCGUUGACUGCCCUCCACCCAAUAAAAAGAAGGAAACUGAUGACUGCCCAGAUGAAGAUCCAAAGAAAGUGUGGAGGUUGACGGGUGGAUUCUCAAAGCUAAAGGACUUCUUGAGGGAAAACAGUGCCCUGGAGACGCUAGCAGGAAUUGUCAUCGGCAAUGGCAUAGGACUUCCACAGCUGCUGAGUUGUAUGUUGCGGUUGAGGAAGCUGAAGAUAUGGUGUACUCCUAAUCCCAAUCCAAAUGAGCCGACAGACUUGAGUGGUAUUAAGAAAGGCAUCAAGGUAUUCAUCGGUCAUGGAACCCGUAUGACUACUCUUGAUUACUCCCUGUCUAUUAACUUCAAUGGGUCUUCAAAAUCAUUCCUGGAUGCCCUGGAAGAUCCGGGUAGGCUCACAUCGCUUAAGCUGAGUGGCAAGCUGUCAAUACCACUUUCGGUGGUUGCCAAGAUGGCUAGUCUUCAGGAGUUGUGCCUCUCACAGACUAAUCUCAGCGGCCAUUUAAUCCAAGCCGGACUGAGUAAUUUGAGAUGUCGACUGAAAUUUCUGAAGCUGGUUCAGAAAAAUCUUAGGGACCUCUCGAUACAAAACCAGGGCCCCUUCGUACGACUGGAGAGGAUAUGCCUCGUGGGCAUGGAAAGUCUCACGGAAAUAAUAAUUCAAGAUCUGACUAAGCUUGACACGCUCCAUUUGAUCUGUCCAACUCCAGGUGCUCUUCCUGGUGUCCAGAUCGGAAGCCUGCGAAAUCUCAAGGAAGUUGGGCUCCACUCUAGAGUUGAUGGUGCUAUCAAACGUGGAUGGGAAGCUGCUGCAAGGGACCAUCAGCGUCAGCCCAACGUCGUGACCAUUGAAACACCCUAAUGCAAGUUGUGCCAAAAUCCUCCACGAAGCAGCAUCACAUAUGUGCAAAUUGUUGCAAAGAUGAGCCAAUCACUUGAUGCAUCGCUUCCUGUUCUGCAAAUCUCCUCCCUGCCUCCAUUCCGUGCCAGAAGCACAAUGGAUUUUAUAAUGAAGUUCUAAAACUACUUGAAAUCCCAAAUUCUCGUAUAGCCUAGUACUCCUAUGGCUUGUAUCCAGAUUAUGUUGUUUUCCUAGGGCUUGUAUUCAGAUUAUGUUGUUUUACUAUCAUCGGGAUUAUGUUGUUUUCCUAGGGCUUGUAUUCAGAUUGUGUUGUUUUACUAUCAUCCGGAUUAUGUUGUUUUCCUAAGGCUUGUAUUCAGAUUGUGUUGUUUUA